CAAGGUAUCUCGCUAUCAUUUAAUGGCGGCAAAGACUGCACGGUCAUCUUGCAUCUCUACGUGGCAGUCUUAUACAAGGUCCUAGGAUCCGAGCUGGACAAGGAUUCAUCAUCAACUACCACGUUUGAUACUCUUCAGGAACAGCCAACCAGGACUCGGUUUCAUCGGCAUGACCCCAUUCCUUCAAUCUAUGUCACUCAUAAGAACCCCUUUGGCCAAGUGGAGCGAUUCGUCGAUGAUGAGAUUGAGCGAUACAACUUGGACUUGCUCAGGAUACCUGGAUCAAUGAAGAAGGCCUUGCAGGAGUACCAUUCUUUGAAGGACGAGAUCAAGGCCGUCAUGGUCGGAACGCGGCGCGAUGAUCCUCACGGAGGCCCAUUGAAACCAUUCACUCCAACUGACCCUUCGUGGCCUCCAUUUAUGCGGAUCCAUCCAAUCCUUGAUUGGACAUAUCACGACAUUUGGACGUUUUUGAGAGCGAUCAACGUGCCGUACUGUGGCCUGUACGAUCUUGGAUACACCUCGCUUGGAGGACGCGACGACACAUUCCCCAACCCGCAAUUGAGGAGACUGAGCAUUGGGCCUUUCCUUGACAGCGAAGCCAUUGCUUACGCGAAGGGACAUGGCGCUGUUGGUCUGGAUUCUGCUCGUGCGCACGUCGCGCGCGAACACGACCAUGAUAAAGAGACCCAUCUUUUGAGGGAGCUGGGCCAGGUCGACAAGACAUUGGAUCGACUGGAGGAAACCUUUUUGUUUGGACCGGCAUGGAAGUUGACGGGUGGCGAGAGCGAGCGAUGUGGACGGGCAUAG